GGGCGGGACCGGGCGCGGGCGCCCUGGCAGGCAGGCGCGCGGGCCGCGGGGAGGGGGGAGCCGAGGGGGACUGUUUGCUCCUACGGGCUGUAGAUGGAGCUGUCCGGCCUCGGCGAGGGGGAAGGAGGCUGGGAACCGCUCCUCCCUUCGCUGGCCGGCCUGAGAGGGGAACAGGACUCCCAGGAUGCAGUUUGUGUCAACACGGCCGCAGCCCCAGCAGCUGGCCAUCCAGGGCCUGGGACUGGACAGCGCGAGCUGGAGCUGGGCCCAGGCGCUGCCCCCCGAAGAGGUCUGCCCGCAGGAGCCCGGCGCGCCGCGAGCAGGGGAGAUGGCAGAGGGCAUUCCUCCCAUGCAGGCUCAAGAAUGGGACAUGGACACCAGGCGUCCAAUGCCUUUCCAGUUUCCUACCUUCCCAGAGAGGGCACCUGUUUACCCUGACCGAAUGAUGAGGGAACCCCAGCUGCCCACAGCUGAGAUCUCCCUCUGGACCGUGGUGGCUGCCAUUCAGGCUGUGGAGAGGAAGGUGGAUGCCCAGGCCAGCCAGCUGCUGAACUUGGAGGGGCGGACGGGGACAGCAGAGAAAAAGCUCGCCGAUUGUGAGAAGACAGCAGUGGAGUUUGGGAACCAUAUGGAGAGCAAGUGGGCCAUGCUAGGCACCCUACUCCAGGAGUAUGGGCUGCUCCAGAGAAGGCUGGAGAACAUGGAGAACCUGCUGAGAAACAGGAACUUCUGGGUCCUCCGUCUACCCCCAGGCAGCAAAGGCGAAGUCCCCAAGGUGCCUGUGACUUUUGUCGAUAUAGCCGUUUACUUCUCUGAGGAUGAGUGGAAGAAUCUGGACGAGUGGCAGAAAGAGCUUUACAAUAACCUCGUGAAGGAGAACUACAAAACCCUAAUGUCGCUAGGUGCUGAGAAUCCAGUUCCCAAGCCAGAUGCCCAGUCUCGGGUAGAGCCAAGGGAGGAACCAUGUGUAUGGGAACAACAUAACCCAGAGGAGAGAGAAAUCCCAAUGGAUCCUAGCACAGCUAUAGAAGCUCUGAUGCAAGCACCAGCUGCUUCCUCUCAGGUGAAGCGGGAAGAACCAUUGUGUGCCAGGGUUCAGAGGUGCUCAGAAGAAAGAGAAAUUGUGGCAGACACUGUUACCGACUCCCCAAUUUCUACCCAGGACAUCUUAUCCCGGAUUAAGCAGGAGGAGCAACAUUGUGUGUGGGAUCAGCAGGAUUUGGAGGAAAGAGACAUUCCCACAGACCCCAAUUCAGAAUCUCUGAUCUCAGCACAUGACAUUCUAUCAUGGAUCAAGCAGGAAGAGGAGCCAUAUCCCUGGGGCCCACCAGAUUCAAUGGAAAGGGACAUGGCUAUUGAUGCCAGUGCUGGUGAUGGGCUACUAAUGGUCAAGAGUUCUGCCCUCCCUGUGCCCCAGCACCAGUCCCACCAACAAAAUAUCACCCCACUCCCUGGCACUGAGAAUCCAGGUGGGGGGCCCAGCCGGGGAGCUGUUGGGAUGCUAGAUGAUCUUUUCCCAAUGGUCCCAAGGGAACGGGGCCUCUGUGAAGGCCUCCACAGUCCUCCAGGGAGCCCAGUGGGGGAAAGUGGUGGUGGGGAUAGCAGCAGCCUAGCUGGUGAGCACCAGCGGAGCCAUUUCCUCUCACCUGGACAAGACAAAUCGCAUUUCUGUCUCCAGUGUGGCAAGACGUUUGAUGUACGAAAGAGCCUGAUGAUUCACCAUCGGAGCCACACCAAAGAUCGGCCUUUCGAGUGUGCUGAAUGUGCAAAGAGCUUCAAUUGCCACUCAGGCCUGAUCCGCCACCAGAUGACCCACAGGGGUGAGCGUCCCUACAAAUGCUCCGAGUGUGAGAAGACGUAUAGCCGCAAGGAGCACCUACAGAACCACCAACGCUUGCACACCGGUGAGAGGCCCUUCCAUUGUGCCCUGUGUGGCAAAAGCUUCAUCCGGAAACAGAAUCUGCUUAAACACCAGCGCAUCCACACAGGCGAGCGGCCCUACCAGUGUAGCGAGUGUGGCAAGAGUUUCCGAUAUAAAGAGUCACUUAAGGACCAUCUUCGGGUGCACAGCGCCAGCCUUGGGACCUCUCGGCCCCACCAGGCACUGGAACGGGACUAGGCCAGUGCUGAGGGGUGGGGGUUGGGGCAGGUAUUGGUGGUGGGAUAUGGGGGAAUAGGGUGGGGGAAAUCUAAUGAGGGAAUGAGGCUGGAGGAAGGAGGGAGGGAGGCAUGGGAUGGGGAGUCAGAUAGGAGUGUUAAAAAUCACUGGUAACUGUCCCCCUCCUCAUACCCCUCAUGUGGUCCUGGGGUUUGGGGACCUUAAUUGCACUCCAGAUUAGGCCCCUUGAAAGCUGGGCAAGGAUGUUUGAUCCACCCUGCCCAGCCUGAAUGGAGAACCCAGGUCUUCACUCACCUAGUGGAGCAUGGACCAAAGGGGCUGACAGCAGAACCCUGCCCAAGAGUCAGGAACAGUUUGAGAAGGUGAUGGUGCAUCAGUCUUAUACUGAACACCUGUAAAAUUAGGACUGGUUGGUGCUACUGGGCCUGGGCCAGCCCUCAACCCCAGCCAUGCUUCUCAGACCUAACCAAGUAAAGGAUAGAGAGGGGACCCUCCCAUUGCUCCCUCCUUUACUGGAUAGGACCAUGGAUCCAGAGCAAGGGAAGCAGUGAACCCAGGAUUACCUGUUGAGCAGCGUUGCACCUGGGAGUGGUGAGCCAGGGAUCCCCAGGGCCCAUCUGGGCCCGAAGGGACAAUCACUUAUACUGCAGGUAGGGAGAUAGAGAGGGAUGUGUUAAGGGAUGGGAUCUAAAAUGGCGGCACCACCUUGUCUUUGAAUAGUGCUUUAGACUUUCCCAAAGCACAUUCCAGGCUCUUUUUCUUCUUUCACCCUCACCACCUCCUCCUUUGUCCACGGGAUUAGAUACCCCAGAUCUUCACCUAUGCAGGUGAUGGAUCAGGAUCAAGAUAGCCUUAUGCCCCUUUGACAGAUAAGGAAACUGACCCACAGGGAGACUAAGCAGCUUACCUGAAGUCACAAGGUAGGACCAGAACUCAGGUCCCCCUGACUUCCAGUCUAGUGCCUGUGUUGUUCCACCAUACUGUCCUACCUCAGUCAUUUGAGCAAAUGCUUCAGCCUGGUCCUCUCCUGCCCAACCUCAUUAGGACCAACAAGGGAUAUUUGUGGUUACCUAUUGUGGGUGGGGAGAAUGGGAGGGCAGAUGGUUCACGUAGUGCUCCAUCCUGGGACUGAAGACAAUGCUGCUGAAAUGUGUGCAAAUCUUACUGAGCUCUUGAGGGAGGGAGGAGGAGCUAGGGUCUACUCCCUUCCCCAAGAGCUGACCCAGCAGCAUCUCGAUUUGACUGCCUGAGAGAAAGGGGCUAGGACUUACCUGCGGUCAGCUCUUGUCCUGCCUAAGGGAUGGAAACUGAGCAGGGUAGUAAAGGGAGGUGGAGAGGUGUUGUGCCAGAAGGAUUGGCAGACAAGUAGAUGUCAGCCGCAGUUGUGAGAUGCCCUGGCUGUGGUUCCUCCUUUGCCCCUUCACCCCCGGGCUCUCUUAAUUGGUGCUAUCUGUACAGUUGAGGACAGUUAUGGACAUUGCUCCUGACGUGUCAUGGUGCCUGGUGAGCGGUUUUUUUUGUUGUUGUUGUUAUAAUUUUUUUAGAGAGCGCCACCCGACUCCCUCUUUUAUGUGUGCAUCUUAUGUGGCCCUAGGGCCUUAACUCCCCAGGGGCCACAUUCUUUGUGAUUGUGUCUUGCAUGGCCCUGCAAAAAAAAAAAAAAUUAAAAAAAUAAGGCCACUGAGGGUGGGAUGAAGUGCCCUGGGGCUCUCAAUGCAUUUAUUUAAAAAAAGAAAUACUUUUCCCUCCCUUGCACUCUGACCCCUGCUUCUCUCCCAUUUUGGAAGGGGGCUGCCUGGGGAGCAGUGAGAAGGCAGCCCUCCAUGCCACCCCUUUUGAGCUCGCAGCUUCUGAACCUUUCCCGUCUCCUUCUUUGCUUCUCCCAGACCUCCAGUUGCUGCACAAAGGGGAUUCUUGCAGCAAAAUAAAGGGGGUGUCCAGAUUUCAGUGUUAGAACACUGACGUUCACAGUGCUGCAUAUAGCAAAACCCAAAUUAACUAGAAUCCAGUUUUAUCAGAAGUUGUUUUUUUUCAUUGUUUGCUUUUGCCAUGUUCCAAUUUUAAUAAAAAACAUAACUCAAGAAAAGCUGAGAUCAGAAAUGUUGUCAGAGUAUUAGUCACAAAAUGUUGGAAAGGGGACUUUAGGGAUUAUCUUGCCCAACUAUCAUUUUACAGAAAAGUAAAUUGAAGCCCCAUGAAGUGACUUACACAAGGUCACAAACUGAGUUAGUGGCAGAUCUGGGACAAGAAGGAAGUCCAGUGUUCACCAGAUCACACCAAGUGGCAGCAGAUGUCUUGGGACCAGUCUAUACUUAGCCCUAUUUUCUCCAUCAGUGUCAGUCUCUAAGCAUGGAAAAUUAUGACUGAUGUUCAGAAUGUUCCUCCUAAAAUCCCUUUGUAAGAGAGAUUGUACCUUGGUCUCCCUGUACUGAAAGAUUUUUAAUAAGGAUUACAACAACAAAAAAAAGGGGGCUUCUACUUAGACCCCAAUUAGCAAGAAUAUUUAAUUAUUGAGGGCCACCCAUUUCCCAAAUAAUCAAGCUUUGAUUGGACUGGGAAUGCAUUCCCAGGUCUUUCACCAGUCCUGCCCCACCCCUUUCUCAUUCAUCCUGAAUAAUACUAGCCAGAGCAAGAUCUAGAAUUAUCUAGAAAAGUGGCUCUUAAAACAUGGUCCAGGGACCCCUCCCAAGACCCUUUUGGGGGUUUAUGAUGUCAAAACUUUUCAUUACAAUACUAAGAGUUUUAAUUUCUAAUAUCAGUAGGUAUAACCCCCAUAAACAAAAACUCCAUGACGGAUUCUCAGUAACUUAAGAAUGUAAAGAAUUCCUGAGACCAAAAAGUUUGAGAACCACUGAUUGAGAAUAUCCUUUCCCAGUGUUAUAUUCAUUGACUGGGUUCAGCUGAUUGAAUAAGUUCUCUAAGCCUACUCCUAUGUAAGGAGCACAUGAGAUGGAAGGGGGAAGUCUAUAUAUCCUUAGCCAAGACCAGAUAAUGUAUCUGUUUCUAGCCAAUGAGUCAGACACAAAUGUCUGAAAAUAUCUUGGCUCUCCUUUAGCUAAUUUGAGGCCAGAUGGUAGCAAGGAGAGGUCUCAGGUGGGUGAGUAGUUGAAGAAUAAAAGAAAAGAUUGACAAAUGGCCAAAUGUCAUUCAAUAACUUAAGUACUUGCUAUGUUUGAGACACCGUGCUAGGCACAAAGAUGCAUAGGGUCUGACCCCUGCUCUCCAGGACCUUAUAAUUUAAGGGGAGGAAUUAAAUGCGUGCAUAAAUAGCCACACUACAAAGUAAAUAUGAGUGACACAAAUUGUUAUUUGAAGGGCUGUCAUGAACUAGGGAUCAGACUUGUUUUGUUUGGCCUCAGGAGUCAGGGUGAGACCCAGUGGGUAAAAGUUACAGAGAGAAAAACUUCCUAAUAAUUAGAGCUGUCCAAAAAUAGAAAUGGAGGUCUUUAGGUAGUCUGGAUCACCAUUUGUCUGGGCCAUUGAAGAAGGGAAUCCUGUUGAGGUACAAGUAGGCCUGGAUGUUUCUGAGGUUCUUUCUUUUGGUGAUUCUGAUUCUGUGAUUCUGAACGGAUAGCAGAACGAAUUGGAUGACUUCCAUUUCUCCCUCCACCUGGGAUCCUCACAAAGAGUCACAAAUGAAAAUUGAUUGAGGUACUCUGACCUAAAGAAUCAAUUCAAGGAAGUCUUUAUUGAGCUGCUACCUGGCCUGUCCUAUGCUAAGCCUUUUGAAGAAUACAAGAGAAAACAAAGGCUCUGCUGUCAAAGAGCUUACAGUCUAGUUGGAGAGACAAGCCAUAUUUAGGCAAAAAGGCAACUAACAAAAGAGGAGGCAGUGAGGGCCUAAGGACAUAGCAUGCUACUGAAAUUCAGAGGAAGGAGAAAUAUCAUUGGUUGGCAUGGUUAGCAAAAGCUUCACGAGGGAAAUGGACUUGAACUGAACCUUGAAGCGUAGCUAGAUUUGGAUGGGUGGAGAUGAGUGAGAAUGUUUGGGGAGAAUGGAACGUACAAAGGUAGGAAGGAGAAAUGAUCGGUGUGAUUUUUUUUGGGAGAGAAAGUGAGGACAUCAGUCUUGCUCAUCAGCAAAGAGUGGGAAAUUAGAAAGGUCGAUUGGGGGCAGAUCAUGGAAGAUAUUGAAUGCCAAACAAAGGAAUUCGGACUUAAUGUAUAAUCAGUAGGGAGCCACAAGAAGGUUCUGGAAAAAGUGAUGUGACUUCCAAGCAGUGUUUAGAUAAAAUUAGCAAAAGCAGAAGAUUCUAGGUUUUACCAAUGGAGUGGAUCUUAGAGGACAUCUAAUCCAACCUGGAUUUAUGUGACCUUUAGUUAAGGAGCUAUUCCCUCUCACAUCCUCUCUGUCCCAUAAAGGACAAAGAGGAGAUAGAAUAUACCCUUGAUGAUAGGCCACAUAAAUCUUUGCCUUCAUGAACUCACAGAUUCUCAGAGUGAGAAGAGACCUUUGAGGCCAUCUAGUCUAACCCAUAUCUGAAAAAAAGAAUCCCCUCUAUAACAUAACCCACAAAUGAUUAUCUGCCCACUGCUUGAAGACUCCAGUGAGAAAUGUAGGAUCUCCAGAGGUAACUCAUGCCACUUUUGGAUAGCUCUAUUUGUUAGAACUAAUCAAAAUUGUGCCAGUAAGGCACAACCUAUUAUUGCAAGAUAGAAACAUGACAAGUGUUCUAGAACAAUAUUCGGGGUGUCAAUCAUCUGGGGAAUAGGUCCUCUCCCAUCAGGGUGGCAGUCUGUGAGAAAGUAUACCCUUUUGUGCAUGGGGAAUCUGAGAGUGAUUCAACAACUUGAUUUUCCCUUGUUAUUUACUUUGCUAUUCUGUCUUAAUUAAAUGCUUUGCUAUUUGA